GGGACAACUUCUGGAGGAGUUGUUGCCAGCUCCGGAGAUCGACAGGCCAAAAACAGACCGCCAAGACGUUACAUUGGAUUUAACUUACGUUAAGAAAAGCCCCAGCAGAUACAUGACAGUAUUCGCGUGAAUCCACGCACGAGACAUUAAAGCGUGCGACAUGUUCACGCGCGGGUCCAAGAAGCGACGCUCCAAUCGCUCGAACGAGGUGGAGGAUCCAGACAGAGGGCAGCCAUGUAUGCGCUGUGGUGAACAGUGUCCCGGCUUCCACAUGCAUGGAUGGAGGAAGAUCUGUGUGCACUGUAAGUGUGUGCGGGAAGAGCAUGUGGUGCGCUCGGUGCCAGGCCAGCUGGAGAGAAUGAUGAUGAAGCUGGUGUCUGACUUUCAAAGGCACUCCAUAUCUGACGACGACUCAGGCUGCGCCUCGGAAGAAUAUGCCUGGGUGCCGCCCGGACUCAAGCCUGAACAGGUUUAUCAAUACUUCAGCUGUAUUCCAGAUGACAAGGUUCCAUACGUGAACAGUCCAGGAGAACGAUAUCGCAUUAAACAGCUUUUACACCAACUCCCAGCCCAUGACAGUGAGCCUCAAUACUGCAACUCUAUGGAUGAAGAUGAGAAGAAGGAACUGAAGUCAUUCAGCCAGCAGAGGAAGAGAGAGAAUCUGGGCCGUGGCAUUGUACGACUUUUUCCAGUUACUAUGACCGGAGCCAUCUGCCAACAGUGUGGCAGGCAGAUCUGUGGUGGUGAUAUGGCGGUGUUUGCGUCUCGGGCAGGUCACGGCUCCUGCUGGCAUCCUCAGUGUUUCCAGUGUGCUUCCUGUAGCGAGCUGUUGGUGGAUCUCAUUUACUUCUAUCAGGACGGACACAUCUACUGCGGCCGACACCAUGCUGAACACAUCAAACCCCGAUGCCAAGCCUGCGAUGAGAUCAUCUUUGCGGAUGAGUGUACAGAGGCUGAGAGCCGCCACUGGCACAUGAAACAUUUCUGUUGUUUUGAGUGUGAGACAGCGCUCGGAGGUCAGCGAUACAUCAUGAGAGAGAGUCGGCCUUACUGCUGCUGUUGUUAUGAGUCACUGUACGCCGAGUACUGCGACAGCUGCGGAGAACAUAUUGGUAUAGACCAGGGUCAGAUGACAUACGAGGGCCAGCACUGGCAUGCCUCUGAAGCAUGUUUUUGCUGUGCCUGCUGUCGGAUCCCUCUGCUGGGCAGACCCUUCCUGCCGCGUGGCGGACUCAUUUUCUGCUCUCGCUCCUGUUCGCUGGGGGAAAACCCAGAUAACUCAGACUCCUGCGAUUCUGCCCUCCAGAGCAGUUCUGCAACACAUAAACCCAGUCAAAAACAGCAGUGUAGUUCCACACAAUGGCCACAGGGGGGAAUCAAUCCCAUUGAUGCCAGCUCUAAAGCCAGUACACAGAAGAAUGCAGUCAUAGCUACCAGUACAACAACAGUGAAUGGGUGUAGUCAUUUUCCACUGGAGAGCAGAGGUGUUCACACCUCAUUCCCUCCUAUUCCAAAGGGUGAUCCUCCACCGUAUGGACAAAAACACACACAAAACACCUAUUCACCCUCUCAGAUCUGCCCUGAAGCCAAAAACAUGGCAGAAUUACCGUGCAGAGACCAAUCACACAUCAGCACGCACCAAGUGAAUAACAACAAGACUGACAAUUCAUGCAGUGGUCUGGAGUUUACAGUGGAGCUGAAUGGAUAUGCUGAAUUUGGCCCUUUUCCAGCAAGCUGCACAUCCAGGGGUACUUCCACAGCAAAGGAUUGUGGAGGCAUUGUCGAGAGCAGUUGUACAGAAAUUCCCCCUCAACCUCCACGUUCAGAUGAAUUUACAGAUGUAGAUGACUCGGACUCCUUUCCGCCCCCUCCGCCCACUUGUUUCUUCGAGCCAUAUGAUUCGCCAACCCCUUCAGAUUCCCCGCCCACUGUCACUGAAGCGGAAGACACUCCCACCGCACCUGUCCGUAGCAGCACCGCACGGGUCAGCUUCAGAGAGCCAAUCAGCUGCAGUUAUACAGUGGAAGAGGAAGAGUGGGAGGAGCAGGAGGAGGUAAAUGUGGAGAGAAAAGAGGAGGAGGAGCAGGAGGAAGAUGAAGAUGAAGCUGAGGGGAGUUUGGGACAGCGGUUGCGGCUGUGCAACGGAGUACCUGCACAAAUGGACCUGUUGGAUGGUUCGUACCACCGUGGUUUCCGUCGGAGCCACCUCGCCACAGAGAAGCGAAUGCGGCGUUUUAGAGGAUCACGGAGCGACAGACCUCGUCUGGACACCCUGGACUACCGGGAUGGAGACUGCAGACGUCGCUCCAACAGUGUCCUGGACGGCAGCAGUAAUGGCAGCCUGAAACUACACUCCUCCCGCUACAGACACGAAGACUCCUGCUCCACCUGCUCCUCUUCCUCAGACUCUGAGGAGGAAGGCUUUUUCCUGGGCCAGCGCAUUCCUCUGCCACCGCAGCUGACGGGUGGAGAGAGGGUGAGGGAAGGACAGAAAGAGGAAGAGGAUGAGCAGAAAAUACGAACAGGAAGUUUUAGGAGGAAAAGGACACAGAGUCUCGGUAGAAAAGACAAGAACUGCAUAGUGUCCUGAGACCGAGAGAAUGAGGCUGUGUGCAGAAUAGCAUACUUCUUUACUACUCUUACUAUUGCUGCAGUAUACAGCGUGUAUACCAGGGCUUAAGAGUAAAAGAAAAUCUAUUUUGCUGGCCCUACCAAAAAAAAUAAAAAAUUAUGAAUUAUAUAUUUUAGAAAUGUAUUUUCAUAUGUGCAAGAAUAAAUUAAAUAAAUAAAUAAAUGUUAAGAUGUUUACCAAAUUUCAAGACAUUUUUACACACUAUUGGAUAAAAAAUGCUAUAUAACAAUUUUUAUUUUCAAGAUAAUAACUGGACUCCACUCGCUGAAUUAAACGUGCAACGUAAUGCUACAAACAUAGUGACAACAAUGAAGCACGCUGCUGUUUGAGAAGUUAUCAAUAAUGUCUACUGUUUAAAAAUAGUAGGCAGUAUACGUAUAGUGUAUAGUGGACAGGAUUCAGUAACAGUGUUGAGUGUAAUCUGAUCACCUAAUUAGUUACUAUAAUCUAAAAUCAAAAUUAGUGUAAUGUGUUACUUUGUAUAUUCUUGUAAUCAGAUUACAGUAACAGACUUUCAGUUAAUUUCAAAGUAAUUACAUUGUGUACAUUAAUUGGGAUACACUUAUUUCUAAAAUAAUAUUUACUAUAUACUAUAAUAUACUUAUAUUUAAAAUAUGAACUCAUAUGUCCAUUUGUACUUCUGUUUGCGUUUCUGUGAGUGACAGGAAGGAGAAAAAUAUAGACAUUAUUUUAAAUUUGUUGAGCAGAAAAACAAACGCAUCUAUGAAAAGGGUUUAAAAAAAAAGUAAAAAUUAAAGUAGUUAGUGAUGUGAUUACUUCUCGAUGAAGUAAUCAGUCAUCUGAUAAUUUAAAAAAGUAAUUAAUCAUUUGUAGUGGAUUACUUAUUUUGAGUAAUUUUCCAACACUGUUUAGUAAGCAGUAUUAUAUUCCGAAUAUAGCCUAUGAAACAGAAAAUGCGUAAAUAACUCUAAAACUAUUAUUUAAAAAGGAAUAUUUUUUCCUGUAUAGGAUUUUUAAAGCUGAAGAUAUUUCAAUUUCUGCACCACCAAACGGAAUUGCUAAAAUUAACACGGUUUUCAAAACAGCUUUCUGAAUAGACCCCCCUGUCUGCCGUUGGUGAAACAAAGAGAUAGCCCCUCGAUGUGGUCGCUCAAAACAAACACGGGAAGCGCCCGAAUGAACCUAUGAAUGGCUUUCUCAUAUUAAGCUAGGAUAGGAGAAAGUAUUUUAACAGAACAAAUUACAUACAAGUUACAUCAGUUUUAAAAGACCUUUCUGUGCACUUACAUCACAUUACAAGAUCUAACACUGCUCAAUAAACUCAACCAAACCAAGAAGCUGCUUAGUCAUGAACAAAGAUCACAUUAUCUGAUUGUCUGUGCAUCAGUGUAGCACCUUUUUAAAGAGGUGAUUACAUAUUAUCCAAUAAGUGCUUAGUCAAAUUUACUGUCAUUAUUUUUUAUGACAAGGCAGAGAAACCUUUCUAAACCAAUUUUGGCAGUGGCGGCCUAAUCAUUUGAAGUCUAGGUCUGCGGUGUGAUUCAUGUCAUUAAGAAAAUACCAUUUCACAAUUAAUAAUACACACUAUGCCUGUGGACAUUAUAUUUUGUCCAUGUCACAGCCGACUAUUAAUACCAACUGACAUUUUAAAAACACAUCCACGCACGAAAGCCAAAUCCAAGGAGGUCUAUAAUACCAGGAAAAAGCUAUCUAAUAAUAUUUGCGAUUUAGAUGUUGCUUGCAAUAAAUUUUAGAAAGAAAAUAUUUGCCACGUAAACCCUUGAUCGGAUUGCUUUCUGAAACUGGGACGUUGUGCGCAUGACGACAAGGGAAUGCUGAACUCUGAGAAGACGUGUGACCAAUAGAAGAUCGAAGAGUCACACACUAUUGACCUCUAAUAUUUCAAAGAUGUUUUUAUUGUUGCUGGAUAGUAAAUGGACAGUAUAUUUGAACAUUCUGAAUGAUUGUUUUAUUUGUGAUGUAUUGUUUAUUUAAACUAGAAGCCUUUGUGCAACAUCAGCUCGUUCGGAAUAAUCGAUCAGAUUGAUUUCAUUACGAAUAAAAAAAAAAAAGUGUCCAUGUAAACGCAGCUAAUGGCGAAAGCAUAAGUGAUGACAGCCAAUUCGUCAGCUAGAUCUGCUAUACAAAUACAUUUGAAAUGAAUUGAAAAUCUUUCUCUGAGUUUAAAUGACUUAAGUUACUAUAAUAGAAAAAAGACACUGUCAAAUUAAAGUAUAUAUUUUCCAUAUAAAAUUUUUAUAAUUAAUUUUGUUUUAGCCCAAUGGCACUAUAAAAGCCAGAUAUUUUAAUUUUGCAAAUAAUAUAAUGUUUACUAUUUUUCUCACACAGGGGGUCCCUCGCAAGGGGAUCAUAUUUGGUGUCCUUGGCAUCAAUACGUUUAAAAACCCUUGGCGUAGUAUACAAUGCAUAUGGCGUAGUAUACAACACACUAUUGUAUUGUGAAACAGUACCAGACACUAUUCAGCCUGAGACAGACACAUAUAUUAAAAUAAAUAGAGAAUUUGGAAAGCCCAAAUUGGCGGGUUUAGAAAAGGAAGUCCCGGGUGCCUGGAAAGCUCAGUGAGAAUUGACACUGACCACCACCCCUGGAGUCGCGAGUUCGAAUCUUUGAAAAGUUCGAAAGUUGACUCUAGCCAGGUCUCCUAAGCAACCAAAUUGCUAGGGAGGGUAGAUUCACAUCCUAGGUAACUCGGUGGGGCGCGUGGUGAGUUGUGCGUGGAUGCCGCGGAGAAUAGCAUGGAGCCUCCACACAUGCUACCUCUCCACGGUAACGCGCUCAAGACACGUAAUAAGAUGUGCGGAUUGACGGCUUCAGACACGGAGGCAACUGAGAUUCGUCCUCCACCACCCGGAUUGAGACGAGUCACUACGCCACCAUGAGGACUUAGUUUUUGGGAAUUCCAAA